CGGGCUGGGGCAGCCACUGCUUACACUGAAGAGGGAGGACGGGAGAGGAGUGUGUGUGUGUGUAUGUAUGUGUGUGUUUUAUUUUAUUUUUCUUUUUGGUGAUGGUGGUGGAAGGGGGGAGGUGCUAGCAGGGCCAGCCUUGAACUCGCUGGACAGAGCUACAGACCUAUGGGGCCUGGCAGUGCCCGCUGAGAAAGGGAGAAGACAGCAGAGGGGUUGCCUCCGAGGCAACCUCCAAGUCCCAGAUCAUGUCUCUGUGGGGUCUGGUCUCCAAGAUGCCCCCAGAAAAAGUGCAGCGGCUCUAUGUCGACUUUCCCCAACACCUGCGGCAUCUUCUGGGUGACUGGCUGGAGAGCCAGCCCUGGGAGUUCCUGGUCGGCUCAGACGCCUUCUGCUGCAACAUGGCUAGUGCCCUACUUUCAGACACUGUCCAGCGCCUUCAGGCCUCGGCGGGAGAGCAGGGGGAGGGGAGCACCAUCUUGCAACACAUCAAUACCCUGGAGAGCAUAUAUCAGAGGGACCCCCUGAAGCUGGUGGCCACUUUCAGACAAAUACUUCAAGGAGAGAAAAAAGCUGUUAUGGAACAGUUUCGCCACUUGCCAAUGCCUUUCCACUGGAAGCAGGAAGAACUCAAGUUCAAGACAGCCCUGCGGAGGCUGCAGCACCGAGUAGGGGAGAUCCACCUUCUUCGAGAAGCCCUGCAGAAGGGGGCUGACGCUGGCCAAGUGUCUCUGCACAGCUUGAUAGAAACUCCUGCUAAUGGGACUGGGCCAAGUGAGGCCCUGGCCCUGCUACUACAGGAGACCACUGGAGAGCUGGAGACAGCCAAGGCCCUAGUGCUGAAGAGGAUCCAGAUUUGGAAACGGCAGCAGCAGCUGGCAGGGAAUGGCGCACCCUUUGAGGAGAGCCUGGCCCCACUCCAGGAGAGGUGUGAGAGCCUGGUGGACAUUUAUUCCCAGCUACAGCAGGAGGUAGGGGCGGCUGGUGGGGAGCUUGAGCCCAAGACCCGGGCAUCGCUGAUUGGCCGGCUGGAUGAAGUCCUGCGAACCCUCGUCACCAGUUGUUUCCUGGUGGAGAAGCAGCCGCCCCAGGUACUGAAGACUCAGACCAAGUUCCAGGCUGGAGUUCGAUUCCUGUUGGGCUUGAGGUUCCUGGGGGCCCCAGCCAAGCCUCCACUGGUCAGGGCUGACAUGGUGACAGAGAAGCAGGCGAGGGAGCUGAGUGUGCCUCAGGGUCCUGGGGCUGGAGCAGAAAGCACUGGAGAAAUCAUCAACAACACUGUGCCCUUGGAGAACAGCAUUCCUGGGAACUGCUGCUCUGCCCUGUUCAAGAACCUGCUUCUCAAGAAGAUCAAGCGGUGUGAGCGGAAGGGCACUGAGUCUGUCACAGAGGAGAAGUGCGCUGUGCUCUUCUCUGCCAGCUUCACACUUGGCCCCGGCAAACUCCCCAUCCAGCUCCAGGCCCUGUCUCUGCCCCUGGUGGUCAUCGUCCAUGGCAACCAAGACAACAAUGCCAAAGCCACCAUCCUGUGGGACAAUGCCUUCUCUGAGAUGGACCGCGUGCCCUUUGUGGUGGCUGAGCGGGUGCCCUGGGAGAAGAUGUGUGAAACUCUGAACUUGAAGUUCAUGGCUGAGGUGGGGACCAACCGGGGGCUGCUCCCAGAGCACUUCCUCUUCCUGGCCCAGAAGAUCUUCAAUGACAACAGCCUCAGCAUGGAGGCCUUCCAGCACCGUUCUGUGUCCUGGUCACAGUUCAACAAGGAGAUCCUGCUGGGCCGUGGCUUCACCUUUUGGCAGUGGUUUGAUGGUGUCCUGGACCUCACCAAACGCUGUCUCCGGAGCUACUGGUCUGACCGGCUGAUUAUCGGCUUCAUCAGCAAACAGUACGUUACUAGCCUUCUUCUGAACGAGCCCGACGGAACCUUUCUCCUCCGCUUCAGCGACUCAGAGAUUGGGGGCAUCACCAUUGCCCACGUCAUCCGGGGCCAGGAUGGCUCUCCACAGAUAGAGAACAUCCAGCCAUUCUCUGCCAAAGACCUGUCCAUUCGUUCACUGGGGGACCGAAUCCGGGAUCUUGCUCAGCUCAAAAACCUCUAUCCCAAGAAGCCCAAGGAUGAGGCUUUCCGGAGCCACUACAAGCCUGAACAGAUGGGUAAGGAUGGCAGGGGUUAUGUCCCAGCUACCAUCAAGAUGACCGUGGAAAGGGACCAGCCACUUCCUACCCCAGAGCUCCAGAUGCCUACCAUGGUGCCUUCUUAUGACCUUGGAAUGGCCCCUGAUUCCUCCAUGAGCAUGCAGCUUGGCCCAGAUAUGGUGCCCCAGGUGUACCCACCACACUCUCACUCCAUCCCCCCGUAUCAAGGCCUCUCCCCAGAAGAAUCAGUCAAUGUGUUGUCAGCCUUCCAGGAGCCUCACCUGCAGAUGCCCCCCAGCCUGGGCCAGAUGAGCCUGUCCUUUGACCAGCCUCACCCCCAGGGCCUGCUGCCAUGCCAGCCUCAGGAGCAUGCUGUGUCCAGCCCUGACCCCCUGCUCUGCUCAGAUGUGACCAUGGUGGAAGACAGCUGCCUGAGCCAGCCAGUGAGAGCGUUUUCUCAGGGCACUUGGAUUGGUGAAGACAUAUUCCCUCCUCUGCUGCCUCCCACUGAACAGGACCUCACUAAGCUUCUCCUGGAGGGGCAAGGGGAAUCGGGGGGAGGGUCCUUGGGGGCCCAGCCCCUCCUGCAACCCUCCCACUAUGGGCAACCUGGGAUCUCAAUGUCCCACAUGGACCUAAGGGCCAACCCCAGUUGGUGAUCCCAGCCGGGAGGGAGAACCCAGAGAGACAGCUCUUCUACUACCCCCACAGACCUGCUCUGGACACUUACUCAUGCCCUGCCAAGCAGCAGAUGGGGAGGGUGCCCUCCUAUCCCCACCUACUUCUCGGUCAGGAGGAAAAGACAGGAGAAUGCACGGUGGGUGGAGCCAAUCCACUCCUUCCUUUCAUCAUUCCCCUGCCCACCUCCUUCCAGCACUGACUGGAAGGGAAGUUCAGGCUCUGAGACACGCCCCAACAUGCCCGCACCUGCAGCGCGCACACGCACGCACACACACAUACAGAGCUCUCUGAGGGUGAUGGGGCUGAGCAGGAGGUGGGCUGGGUAGGAGUACAGGUUAGGGCAUGGAAGGCUUCUCCGCCCACUCUGACCCAGGGCCUAGGAUGGUUAGGCAGGAACAUACAGACACAUUUACGCUAGAGGCCAGGGAUAGAGGAUAUUGGGUCUCAGCCCUGGGGGAAUGGGAAGCAGCUCAAGGGACCCUGGAUGGAGCACAGGAGGGGUCUGGACAUGUGGUUACCAAUACAAGUUUUGCCCUGAUUAAAAAAUCUCCCAAAGCCCCAAAUUCCUGUUAGCGAGGUGGAGGCUUCUGAUAUGUGUAUGAGACUAUGCAAAAGUACAAGGGCCGAGUUUCUUCAUGUAUAGCUGUGUGAACGUGUAUGUACCUAAGAUAUGUUAAUGUAUAGCUGGCAUGUUAGUUGCAUGACCACAUAGAACAUGUGUCUGCUUUUGCCUGUUUGACAACACAAAUUUGGGAGUGUGAGACAUUGCACAGAAGACAGCAGCAAGUGUGCUGGCCUCUCUGACAUAUGCUAACCCAAAAAUACUCUGAAUUUGGAGUCUGACUGUGCCCAAGUGGGUCCAAGUGGCUGUGACAUCUACAUAUGGCUCCAUAUCUCCAAUGCUGCCUGGGAGCCAGGGUGAGAGUCUGGGUCCAGGCCUGACCAUGUGGCCCUCCAGUGUAUGAAGGAGCCCUGCCUGCUGUAUCUUCUCUGUUGCCCUAUCCACUGCCAGCUUCCCUUCACUCCCCCAUCCCAUGUCACCGUUUCUCCCUCUCGAGGCAGGGGUCAUAGAUCCUAAGCCAUAAAAUAAAUUUUAUUCCAAAAUAACAAAAUAAAUAAUCUACUGUACACAAUCUGAAAAGAAAGACGCUCUAACUGCUCAGAUAGGUGCUGCGGUCCAGCCCCCAGCUGGAGGAGACCCUGAGUCCAACCCAGGCCUCCCAAGGGGGCCAGUGAAGGGAUCCCACACCCACCGCCCCCAUGUAGGGCAGGAGGGAGGAAAUUGCAAAGGACUUGGGGGAUAGAUGGGAAUGGGAGGGCAAACUGCAGCACUUGUUAAAUUAAAGAAACAAACCAGAAGCACAAAAACGGGGAAGGAGAGGGAAGAAGGAGCAGGUCCAGUGUUCCCAGGCCCCCAAUUCUGGGGGCAAAUGUUGCCACUUUUAGCUGCUGGACCUUCCCAGGGAAGUCCCCCUUUCCCCCUUGUCCAAACUGAGUCCAACUGCUCACACCACUGGUGCAAACCUAAAGAGAAUGGGAGUGUGUCGUGUGAGGGAGGGGAGAACCCCAGAUGCCCUUGGAGGCAGAGUCCUUGCCCCCUCGCUCUGGGCAGGGGUGAGGGCACCACGCACCCUCCUUGUGUCCUCUCUCCAGGCCCCUGCUUGUUAUUGCUUGAAGCCCCACAGUCUUAUGCCCAUGGAGCAGGUGGGGAGGCAGGAGAAGGGCAGAGGAAGGAUCCAGGGUUGUGACUAUAUUCCGGGGAUGGAGAGCAUGGGGGUCUGUGUGAGCCAGAAGUCUGAGGUCCUGGGUCUGAAGACACCAGUCCACCCCUCACUGCCGGCUGGCCUCAGCCUCCACUUUCACGCUGCUCCUGCGACCCUCCACCAGUGCGGGAUGGGGUCCUGGGGCAGGACAUCUGUCCAGCAGCCCUUCCUCGAACUCUGCGAGAGGUGGCUUCGCAGGCACACAGGGGCUGAGGCGGCCCACGCGGUCGUGUGAGACGAGGCGGGCGAGCCGCAGCCCCUCGUCCAUCAGUGUCUGCUGCAGGAUGUGGCGGCUCCAUAGCCCAUGGGCUGGCAAUGCCAGAGGCAGGUCAGCAGGGGGCGGCGUCAGCCUUGGACAUGACCCCACAGCCUGCAAAUGUCCAUCCAGACUCUCCCCAGACAGGCUGGCGCUGUCCUCCUCCAGGCUGGGGCGGUAUGGGGGUGCAUAGGACUCAGGGCCUGGGGGAGGCUGCUGGAUUUCAGGGUGACUCUGUUCUCCAACCUCUUGUUUCAGCUUCUUCAGUGGAGGGCCUCCCAGUUCUUCAGGGUGGAGCCUGGAGCCCUUCAAGGAGGACAAGUAGGUGCUCUCUCGGGCUACUUGGCGGGACAAAGAGAAGAGCUCCACUCUCCGCAAUAAGAGUGUGUUGUCCCUCAUGCAGAACUGGGCAGCAGCCUCAUUGAUGGUGAGCUCGUGCAGGCUGAGCUGCUUGCCCUCCCGCCGCUUAGAGUCGAAACGGCCAUAGAUGAUGCUGUAUUUGCGGAUCUCCUCUUCCUUCUGGCUGUCGUUAUCAUCCAUCUCAAAGAUGUGCCCAACGCUCCGUGCCAGCUUCUUAUUCAGCUUUAGCAGGGAUGUGACCUCCCCAGCAUCCCCCCUUGGGAAGCUCCGGAAGAUCCUCUCCACACUUUCCACCACCAUGCGUACCAUCUCUGGCUCCAGUCGGUCUGGUCCACCCCCAGUCCCACCUGCUGCCAGCCCCCCAGCCCCAGUCCCCUCAGGGACUCCUCCCCCUGCAGGGGGGGAGAAGGGGGGCGAGCCAGCCUCCUCUUCUCCUCCUGCCCCAACGUCCGACUCUGGAGUGCUCCGGCCUGGCCAGAUCCGGGGGUCCCCUGCCCCAGGUCCCCCAGGCAGUGGUGAUAGCUUCUCUCCAAGUUCAAGGGGGCUCUUGGGGCUAAAACUGCGGGCACUGCCUGCCUUUUCCCCAGGGCUGCCAUGGCCAUUGCUCAUGCUCCCUUUCCGGGUACCCGCAGUCUCAGAGAUCUUGAAGAGCGGGAUGCUGGAGACGGGAACAGCAGGCACUGGUUGACUGAAGAGCCCUGGAUUGGUGGCCCACUCUCUCAGUGCCUUCUGCAGGCGCCGGACAUGGAGGGGCUUGGUGGCCAUGCCCACAAGUGCCAUGAUCUCCAGAAACUCCUCCUCACCCGCCUCACACAGCUGCUGCACGUCGUCCCCUCCCUGCUGGAUGAAGGUCUCAUAGUAGGAAAGGAGGUUGGCACGCUGCAGGACCCGGUACAGCUGCAGCUCCCCCAGCGUCCGAGGCAGUGCCAUGGCUCGGGCACUGGGCUUGAGUCUGGGCUGCAGGGUCCGGCGGGCGCUCUCCCCUCCGCCCGGCGGCUGCUCGGCUGUGGGGGAAGGCGCUCUGUGCAUGGACGGCCGGAGACCACCCGGGUUGCUCUUCUCGGUGCCCAGCGCUCGGCGCCUGCUGCGUGCUGCACUCUGCCCCGCGCACGAUGCCGUGUCCACCGCUGUCCAGGCUCUGUCCCUCCCUCCACGUCUUCUCUCUCCGAGCCUCCGCGCCUCUGUCUGUGCCUCUGCCCCCCCCACCCUCCCCGGCUGCGCUCGCCG